AUGCCACCUAUAACUCAGUAAAAACGCUUCUACUUUCUAACCAAAAAUCUACUCAUGCCUUUAUACUGUGGCAUAUAAGUAUGUGUUUAUAAUAUGUUUAGUUUAUUACAGCUUAUGGACACUGUAUAGAGUUAAAAGAUUCUGAUAUACCAGUAAAACAUGUUACGAUUAUCUGUUAAUCUUAGUCGAGAACUGUUACGUUCAUCUAAAAAUGUUCAGAAAUUAACGCGGUGUAAAUUCAGUCGUCUUGCAUAUAAUACGACGAAUGUUUCUUUGAGAACUAAUGUUCUCUUCAAUGUGCAUAAACAUUCGAGAGUUCCCACAAUUUAUAUCAUACGGUUUCAAAGCACAGUUGAUUCAAAGGCAGAGACGAUUGCAACGAAUACGCAAGAAAAUGUAACCUCUCCUGCACCUGCGCCACAAGACACGAUAGGAAGUGCAAAGACCACAGAAACGAGUCAAAGUUUUAUAAGUGAAAUACCAGAUGCACCUAUUCCUCCACCAAGCGAGGAAGUGACAAGUGCCGUUGCUGACAUACUAACCGCGACUGGUGAGCCUACGUUUACAAGCUUAGGUUUAGGAGGAUAUGGACCAGUUGGUAUUGCUGAGUACGCUUUAGAGAUGCUACAUGUUUCUUGUGGUCUUCCAUGGUGGGCAGCAAUCAGUUUACUCACUAUAAUUGUAAAACUCCUUACAAUUCCACCUACGAUAAGCAUGACUAGGAACAAUGUGAGAAUGUGUAACAUCAUGCCACGCGUGGCAGAAUUACAAGAAAAAAUGUCAAUGGCAAGACGAGAAGGAAAUGCGGAAGAGGCUUCUAUCACUGCUUAUGAAUUACAGCAUCUUCUUAAAGAAAAUAAGGUCAGCGCCUUUCCAUUCUUCAAUGCAUUUUUUAGAAUUAUACUACAUAUACCAAUAUUCAUAGCCUUGAGAGAAAUGGCCCUUUUACCGGUUGAAAGUUUAAAGACUGGUGGACUUUGGUGGUUCACAGAUCUAACUGUUCCUGAUCCAUAUUAUGUAUUACCAAUAUUUACCAGCAUAGGACUGUAUAUAGUCACUGAACAUACAUUGAGAAGUGGUGCUGUUGCUAAUCCAUCUCCAACAAUCCGAUAUUUAAUGAGAGGAGUACCCAUUAUUACAUUUCUCUUUGGAAUACAUUUUCCAGGGGUAAGAUUGUUCUAUUUUUUAUUCAUUUAUUUUCUUAGUGUAAAUAUUAAAAUGUGCACAUUCUUUCAGUCUGUUUUAUGUUACUGGGUUCUUUCAAACUUCAUAACCAUAGCACAAAAUGAAAUUUUAAGAAAUAACAAAGUUAAACUAUUCUUCAAUAUUCCACUUCCUGUGCAGCACAAAACAAUCGUUACUGACGGCGUUUUAAAGAAGAAAAAGUUUAAGGAGUCAUUCACUGAGUCUUGGACUAAUAUGAAAAUAUCUAAGAAAAUGGCAAAUCGCCUUCGUGCAGACGAAUUGCAAUUCAAUCAAGCUGGGAAAGGUCCCAUAGUAAGAACAUUCAAAUAUAAUCCAGUAACACAACAGUCAGCAAAGUCGGCUUCAGCAAUAAAGAAAUAAUAUUAGACAAUUGUUAUAUAUGUUUUAUACAAAGUGUGUAAUGUGAAGUCAGAUAGUAAAUAACAUAACUGUUAAAGAAAAUAUCUGCAACAAAAACUUUUAAUUGAUAUCCUCAUACAGAAUAUACCAUGAAACCUCUUAGAUGGAAGUUUAAUCUUGCAGUCAUUUGUACAUAAACACUAAAAAUGCUGACACAAUAAAAAAGUUUACAGAAA